AUGACGACGAUGCGGCGGCUGGCAUGGCUCCUCGGCGCGCUGGCGCUGGCCCGCGGCCGACCGCUGCACGAGGCCGCGAAUGCGACCAAGGCCGCUGUCUCGGGCACGCCGGGCACGGGCGACUGCGCCUGGAAGCGCGCGUGGGCGGCCAAGCUCGACGCGUUCGAGACGUCCGACGCGGCGACGGCGCAUGUCUCGGCCACGCGCGACGCGCUCACGCUCUCGGCGACCACGAUUGAUGGCGCCGUCGCCUCAGGCUGGGCCACAUAUCCUGUGCCCCGCGAUCACAUUCCGAUGAGCGGCAAGCUCGUCGUCCAGGCGACGCUGGCCAAGGGCCUCGGUCUGCGGCCAACCGUCAAGCUUGUCAAGUCCAAGGACGGCAUUCACCGCGACGUCGUCGUGCUCAGCGGUGUUGGCGAGCAACCGGACGGGCUCCAGAUCCGCUGGCCGCACGCAACGUCGGCAUCCUUGCACAUGAAGGCCUUUCCAUGCAUUGACGACCUGACACUGGACUCGCAUACGUUCCAGGUCACGUGGGACGAUGGCUGGUUCCGCUGGUUCGUCGACGACGUCUUCUAUCUCGAGCAGCAUCGGACGUCGUUCUUCGCCAUGACCGCAGGCUACACGUACACGGUGCAUGUCGAGCUCGCUUACGACAACGCGACAUCGCACCGCAGCAGCAACAGCAACAACGUGACGAUCGAUGCGUCGAUGGUCGUGUCCGACAUUAGCCUCUACAAGCAGACGUCGCCAGCCUGCACGCCGUCGACAACCAACCCGAGCGACUGCAGCAACUACAUUACGCGGGCCAUUUUACCGACGGUGCCUCAAGGCUCGCUGCGCGGAUCGCUCUCGUUUUCAGAGGUGCUCGAGUAUGUCGAGGCGAUUCCGGCGCGGUUGCGGUCCUUCCCGUACCUCUUCCAGCAAGUCGACAUUGGCACGUCGCUGGAAGGACGACCGUUGCGGGCGCUCUGCCUCGGCCAGUGCCACCCACAGGGCAAGACACCGCCCCAGACGCUCUACACCGGCUUGCACCACGCUCGCGAGAACCUCGUGUACUUUGUCGAGUACCUCCUUCUCGGCUUCCACCAGCGCGAUCCGAACGUGUUGCAUCUCCUCCUCACGCGCCAGCUCUGGUUUGUCCUUGUCGUCAACCCGGAUGGCUACGUCUACAAUGAAAAGCACCUCGAAACGCUGCAUUUUGAGAACCCGAGCUACUCGGGGCAGCGCAAGAACCGGCGACCGGCAACGUGUCGGACCAACGCCGACGUUGGCGUCGACCUGAACCGCAACUACGACGUGUGUUUCGACCAAGAUACCGUUGGUAGCAGCACCGACGCGUGUGCCGAGGAUUACCGCGGAGAGAAGGCGUUCUCCGAGCCCGAGACGCGCGCGAUCCGGGACUUUGUCGCCAACCACUCGGUAGCGACCGCGCUCAACUACCACGCGUUUGGCAAGUACGUCAACAUUCCGUUUGCGUGUCAGCCCAAAGGCGCCCCGGCGCCAGCCGACAUGGCCAUCUUUUCGACGAUCGCCUCGGAAAUGACCAAGUACAACCACUUCCACUUCGGCCAGUCGUGGCAGACGAGCGACCUCUACUCGGUCAACGGCGAAACGAGCGACUGGAUGUGGAACGCGCAUGGCAUCUUUGCCAUGUCGCCCGAAACCGGCCCGUCCUUCGACUAUGGCGACGUCGAUGGCUUUUGGCCGACGAAAGCGUCGAUCGUGCACGAGAUCUGCGAAGAGCUUUUGUAUACCAAUUUUCACGCGGCGCGGAUCGCAGGUCCUAUUUACACGCUCCGCCUUCUCGGCUGGGAAAACGACGACGACUACGUCACCUUGUCGCUCGAGCUGCAAAACGUCGGACUAACGUCGGUCGCAUCGGCCGAGGUCCUCGGAUCGGUCCAUCUCAACGGCUCGACGGCCAGUGCACCGACGACCAUGGCGCUCGCCGCGCUCUCGAAACCGGACAACCAAGUCCAGACCAUGACACUCGACAUUCCAAAGCCGACAAAAACAGAGCUUGCGCCCCCCGCUGUGUACGUUCUCUUGCGUGACGCCGACGCCUGCCACCUCUACCGCGUCUCGCUCGGUAAAAAGUCGGAUGAAUUCGCGCUCUGGGAGCCGCUUUCGCUGCCGCGCUGUGGGACCUGCGCGACGUUUGGCGCACUUAAUGCCACGGCCGCCGUCACGUGCGACGGUCUCGAGGACGUGGUUGAGAUACUCGAGCUGCCGACGCUGAGCGGCGUCACCAACAAGGCGCUGUACAGCGGCAAUCUGACGUUGGCCAAGGACCUUGCCGUGACGUGGGCGCCGCACGCUGAGCCCCUCAUGGAGAACAAGUCGUUUUUGCUCGUCUCGCUCAUCGUGCUGCUCGGGAUGGUCACGGGACUCAUGGGCCUGCGCCACUUUAAGGCCAUCGAGAACGGCAAGCGCAAGGCGUCCGAAGCAUACGAGAUGGUCGCGUCGCACGAGCCCGAGCCGCUCGACGAUAUGCCCGACGACGACGACGAGGCCGAGCCCAUGACGCUGCAUAUUGACACGAUGCAUGCGUUUGAAGAGCAUGAGCUGAGCCCUCGGUCCAUGCCACGGGUGCGGUCACCGACGCAAGGCGACCGCGAGUCGUAGAUACUACUAGCAUAGUCGUGCAUUCUAUCGAUUUCAUUGUCGUCGUCGC